AUGGUGGCGCUCACUUCCUUAUCCCCACACUCGCCGAGGCCUUCCCCGUCUACGGCGAAUCCUCGCCGCCGGCCACCGCCGCCUCACGUAACCGCCCCACCCCGCGGCCAUAUCCGGCCCACCGCCGCCGUCGCAUCCGCCGCCACCAACUCCGACGGCGGCGGCGCCGACGACUACCACUCCACCAUCCGCUCGCUCAACUCCCACGGCCGCCACGUCCCCCGCAAAUCCCUCGGCCAGAACUACAUGCUCAACACGAGGGUGAACGAGGAGCUGGUGGCGGCGGCGGGGGUGGAGGAGGGGGACGUCGUGCUCGAGAUCGGCCCGGGGACGGGCUCGCUCACGGCCGCGCUCCUCGCGGCCGGCGCCACAGUCGUCGCCGUCGAGAAGGAUAAGAAUAUGGCUGCCCUUGUCAAAGAUAGGUUCGGAUCCACAAAUCAAUUGAAGAUCAUUGAAGAAGAUAUCACAAAAUUUCAUGUUCACUCCCAUUUUCUGCCUAUCCUGGAGGAGAAAUCCCAUCACAAGAAGAAAUAUGCCAAGGUUGUGUCAAACUUACCAUUCAAUGUCAGCACUGAAGUUGUCAAACAAAUCCUCCCAAUGGGGGAUGUUUUCUCUGUCAUGGUGCUUAUGCUUCAGGAUGAAACAGCGCUACGCCUUGCAAACGCUGCAAUACAAACACCUGAGUACCGACCUAUCAAUGUAUUUGUGAAUUUUUACUCUGAACCUGAGUACAAGUUCAAGGUUGAGAGGGCAAAUUUCUUUCCUCAACCGAAGGUUGAUGGUGGUGUUAUAAGAUUUAAACUAAAGAACGCUGGAGAGUACCCACAUGUUUCUUCCAACAAAAGUUUCUUCGCAAUGGUGAACUCCGCGUUCAAUGGGAAGCGGAAGAUGCUUCGGAAAUCACUUCAACACAUAUGUUCUUCAGCUGACAUCGAGGUCGCUCUUACCAAUAUCGGUCUUCCAGCUACGGCUAGACUCAGAAUGCAAAUGGACACGGAGGUCCGUGGUGUCCGUUUGUCCGUGUCCGUCGGAAUUGCUAAACGGCUUCCGGGACGGGCCGCGUAUUUUACACGGACUCUACGGACAUGGCCUUCAGAGCCUGCCAGGCCCGUCUGUCCUGGAAAAGUACUUCGUCUCGGUCGAUAGCGAAAGCAGCCACGGCGUUCGUCACCGUCGGGGUGGUGCCCUGCUCGUCGCCGCGAGCCUGCGCUCAGCUCGUCUGGGCUCUGCUCGUCGCCGCCAGACUGGGCUCAGCUCGUCGCCACCCUCCAACUACCUUGGUGAUCUCGUUUGAGCCGGCAAGGAGCUCUUCGCAGAUCUCAGAAGGUCUCCGCCGCCGAGCGCCUCGUCGUCGGCC